AUGGAAGGAAAAGAAAAAAAAUGGAGACUUCUGGAGGGACGAAAGAAUGUGGAAAACAACGGGAGGAGGAAGUUCAGUCCAGGAACUUCUGAGUCAUGCAGAAAUCAGCCUUUUGUUGAGGAAGAGAAGGAGAAGACUAAUCAUGAUGUUGUUAUCAUUGUGGAAGAGGAGGAGAGUGAUCUUACUGUUGUUAUCGUUGAGGAGGAAGAGGAAGAGAAGGAUGAGGAGAGUAAUCCUGAUGAUGUUAUCAUUGCGGAUGAGGAGCAGAGUGAUCCUGAUGUUGUUAUCGUUGGGGAUGAGGAUGAGGAAGAGAGUAAUUGUGAUGCUAUUAUCAUUGCAGGGGAGGUGAAGACUGAACCUAAUAUUGUUAACGUUGCGGAGGAAGAGGAGGAUGAGGAUGAGGAUGAGGAUGAUGAUAGUGAUCCUGGUGUUGUUAUCGUUACGGAGGAGGAAGAGAAGAAAAAAGAGGAGGAGGAGGUGGAGAGUGAUCCUGAUGUUGUUAACGUUGCAGAGGAGGAGGAGGAGGUGGAGACUGAACCUAAUGUUGAGGAGGAUGAAGAGGAGGAGAGUGAUCCUGAUGUUGUUAUCGUUAUAAAAGAGGAGGUGGAGAGUGAUCCUGAUGUUGUUAACAUUGUGGAGGAGGAGGAGGUGGAGGUUGAACCUGAUGUUGUUAACGUUACAGAGGAGGAGAAUGAUGAGGAGGAGACUGACCCUGAUGUUGUUAUCAUUGAAGAGAAGAAGGAUCUUAUGUUGAAUGCAACAAAUGAGGUUGUUUUUUCUAAGUCAAAUAUGUGCAGGACAGGGGACAAAUCCAAAGAGUUUACUGAUACAACCUUAUAUUCUAAGUCAGAAUUCGAAUCUUCAAAUGAUGCUCUUCGAAAGAAUCCGAAGAAGAUUCUUAAAGAGUUUGAGUUUCUGAAGUUUAUUGUUGAUUCAAUAAAAAAGGUCAAUGAUCAUAAUGAAGUCAUUCCUCCAGAAGAGGAGGAACAUGCUUAUGUCAAAGAAACACUUCCUUUAGUAUUCCGAUUUGAAGACGAGGAACCUCUUCUCCCAGAGAAAGAAAAAUGGGAAAAGGAAAUUGAAGAUCUUUUUUCUGAAAUGAACAUGUGUAUCUUGGAAUCACAUAUUGAAUUUACGAAUCCAUCAGUUUCGCCAAUGUAG